AUGCCGCCCCGCUCCUUCGAAAUGGACCGCCCGGCCGAGGUGGAGGCCUCUACGGCCCCGGCUGCCGUUGACCUGGCUGCUCUCGAUUUGCUUGGCCUGGAGCGGCUGCAGGCGACGUGCCCGGUCUACCAGGAGCGCGCCGCGCGUCUCGCCGAGCUGCGGCUGAAGAGCGAGGCCGGCGGGUUGCCGUUGGACGAAUAUCUGGAGGCGAGCAGUCUGCAGGCGAAGCUGCUGGGCAUGCAGCUGCGCCAUCUCAUCAAGCUGUUGGAGGAGCUGGCGAUGAUCGUGGAGGAGGGAUAUCAGGAGCAGCAGAUCCAAAUCGCGCUGCUGACGCGACUGGUGCUGAACAAGCUCGACGAGAUCCAGCGGCAGAUGGUGGCCGAGCAUGCGCAGCUGGAUCACGUCCUCGCGCAGCUCAAGGAGAUCCGUCGCGAAUGCUCUGUGCAUGGUGAGCAGCAGAUGAAGUCUGAGGAGAAGGAGCAGCCGGAAAAGCUGGAAGAGCCGGUGAACGAGUUGAAGGCGUCGGAGCAGCAGAACAAGGAA